GAAGCCCUUGUAAAGAAGUCCGUGCAGCCCUUCGGAAGAGGCCCGAGGAGGAGUGAGCCCGCUACAUGAAAAAAAUGCAAGUCAAAGUGGUCACAACCUAGAAGUCUGCAGAGACAGGAAUAACUAGCAAUGCAGUGCCUGGAGAUGAACACAAAACGGAAGAUCAUCGGCCGCCUGGUGCCGUGCCGAUGUUUCCGGGGUGAAGAGGAAAUCAUCUCAGUGCUAGACUACUCCCACUGCAGCCUGCAGCAGGUGCCAAAGGAGGUCUUUAACUUCGAGCGGACCUUAGAGGAGCUUUAUCUGGAUGCCAAUCAAAUCGAAGAGCUACCCAAGCAACUGUUCAACUGUCAAGCUCUACGAAAACUAAGUAUUCCCGAUAAUGACCUUUCAAGCCUGCCAGCCUCCAUCGCUAGUUUAGUUAAUCUUAAAGAACUCGACAUCAGCAAAAAUGGUGUACAAGAAUUUCCAGAAAACAUAAAGUGCUGUAAGUGUUUAACAAUUAUUGAAGCCAGUGUCAAUCCCAUUUCUAAACUCCCGGAUGGCUUCACGCAGCUUCUAAACUUGACCCAGCUCUACCUGAAUGACGCCUUUCUUGAAUUUCUUCCAGCCAAUUUUGGAAGACUUGUCAAGUUGCGGAUCUUGGAGUUAAGAGAAAAUCACUUGAAAACUCUACCAAAGUCAAUGCACAAACUGGCCCAGUUGGAAAGACUUGACCUAGGCAAUAAUGAAUUCGGUGAGCUGCCCGAAGUUCUGGAUCAAAUACAAAAUUUAAGGGAGUUGUGGAUGGAUAGCAAUGCAUUGCAAGUGCUGCCUGGGUCUAUAGGGAAGUUAAAGAUGUUGAUAUACCUGGAUAUGUCGAAAAACAGAAUAGAAACGGUCGACAUGGGCAUUUCUGGAUGCGAAGCUCUUGAGGAUCUGCUCCUGUCGUCCAACAUGUUGCAGCAGUUGCCUGACUCUAUAGGGCUGUUGAAAAAACUGACUACUCUCAAAGUAGAUGACAAUCAACUUACAAUCCUGCCCAAUACCAUCGGAAAUUUAUCGUUACUAGAAGAAUUUGACUGUAGCUGUAACGAACUCGAGUCUCUGCCUGCGACGAUUGGCUACCUUCACAGUCUGCGAACGCUAGCAGUUGAUGAGAACUUCCUCCCAGAACUGCCCCGAGAAAUUGGAAGCUGCAAAAGUGUAACAGUGAUGUCACUUCGCUCCAACAAGCUGGAAUUCCUUCCUGAAGAAAUUGGACAGAUGCAGAAACUGAGAGUUUUAAAUUUAAGUGAUAACAGAUUGAAGAAUUUACCAUUCUCAUUUACCAAACUUAAAGAGCUUGCAGCAUUGUGGCUUUCUGACAAUCAGUCCAAAGCCCUUAUCCCUUUACAAACAGAAGCGCAUCCAGAAACGAAGCAGAGAGUACUGACUAACUACAUGUUUCCCCAGCAACCUCGUGGUGAUGAAGUAACACUUUGGACUCUGGCUGUAGAUUUCCAGUCAGACAGCGACAGCUUCAACCCUACACUGUGGGAGGAGCAGAGACAGCAGCGCAUGACUGUUGCCUUUGAAUUUGAGGAAAAAAAAGAAGACAACGAAAAUGCUGGGAAAGUUAAGGAUCUCUCCUGCCAAGCCCCCUGGGAAAGGGGCCAGCGUGGGAUUACUCUCCAACCUGCCAGACUGUCUGGCGAUUGCUGCACACCAUGGGCCAGGUGUGAUCAGCAGAUCCAAGAUAUGCCCGUCCCCCAGAAUGACCCCCAGCUGGCAUGGGGUUGUAUAAGUGGCCUCCAGCAGGAAAGGAGCUUGUGUACUCAAAUACCAGUGGCAGCGCAGUCCACCACUCUUCCCUCUCUAAGUGGCAGACAGGUUGAAAUAAACCUAAAACGAUAUCCAACUCCUUACCCAGAGGAUUUAAAGAAUAUGGUAAAAUCUGUUCAAAAUCUGGUGGGUAAGCCGAGCCACGGAGCGCGUGUUGAGAAUUCCAAUCCAACAGCCAACACGGAGCAAACUGUGAAAGAAAAAUUUGAACACAAGUGGCCGGUGGCCCCAAAGGAGAUUACAGUGGAGGAUUUGAAUUAUAGACAUUUCAAAUCUGAUUCUUUUGUUCAUCCAGCUAAUGAAAUGAGGAUUGGGGAACUUCACCCUUCAUUAGCUGAGACCCCUCUGUACCCACCCAAACUCGUUCUGCUAGGGAAGGACAAAAAAGAAUCAACUGAUGAGUCUGAAGUUGACAAAACUCACUGUCUGAAUAACAGUGUUUCCUCAGGCACCUACUCAGACUACUCACCCUCCCAGGCGUCCUCAGGAUCCUCUAACACCCGGGUUAAAGUGGGGUCCUUGCAGACAACAGCUAAAGACGCAGUUCAUAAUUCUUUGUGGGGUAACAGGAUCGCACCAUCAUUCCCACAGCCUCUGGACGCAAAGCCCUUACUCAGCCAGCGGGAGGCUGUUCCCACCGGGAAUCUGCCACAGCGACCUGACCGGCUGCCCAUGAGUGACGCUUUCCCUGACAGCUGGACAGAUGGCUCCCACUACGACAACACGGGGUUUGUGGCCGAGGAGCCCACGGCCGAGAAUGCCAGCAGUAACCCUCUGCUGAGCGCCAAGGCAAGGAAUGUGGCUCCUCAUGGACGCAGGCCUCUGAUCAGGCAGGAGAGGAUCGUCGGUGUCCCCCUGGAGCUGGAGCAGUCCACGCACAGACACACGCCAGAAACAGAAGUGCCUCCUCCCAAUCCUUGGCAGAAUUGGACCAGAACCCCUAGUCCGUUUGAAGACAGGACCGCUUUUCCCUCCAAAUUAGAGACGACCCCCACGACCAGCCCCUUGCCCGAAAGGAAAGAACACAUUCUUAAAGAAUCUACAGAAAUACCUAGCCCUUUUUCUCCAGGAGUGCCCUGGGAGUAUCAUGAUUCCAAUUCCAACAGGAGUCUUGGUAAUGUCUUUUCUCAAAUCCACUGCCACCCGGAUUCUUCUAAAGGUGUUCUUUCCAUUAGCAAAAGCACAGAGAGGCUUUCCCCACUUAUGAAGGAUAUAAAGUCCAAUAAAUUCAAAAAGUCGCAGAGUAUCGAUGAGAUUGACAUUGGUACCUACAAGGUUUAUAACAUACCGUUGGAAAACUACGCCCCGGGGAGUGACCACUUAGGAAGCCACGAACGGCCGGACAAGAUGCUGGGCCCGGAGCACGGCCUGCCCAGCAUGUCUCGCAGCCAGUCCGUGCCCAUGCUGGACGACGAGAUGCUCACUUCCGGAAGCAGCAAAGCGGCCCAGCAGCAGAAAGCUUCAAUGACCAAGAAGGUCUACCGGUUUGACCAAAGCUUCAAUCCUCAAGGAGCUGUGGAAGUGAAAGCCGACAAGAGGAUCCCGGCCCCUUUCCAGCACAAUUCCGAGUACGUGCCGCAGCCCAGCAAAAACCUGGCCAAGGAUCUGGUCAGCCCCAGGGCUUACCGGGGCGGCUACCCAGCCAUGGAGCAGAUGUUUUCCUUCUCCCAGCCGUCUGUGAACGAGGACGCCGUGGUGAAUGCCCAGUUCGCCAGCCAGGGCAGCAGGGCGGGCUUCCUGAGGAGGGCCGACUCCCUGGCCAGCUCCACCGAGAUGGCCAUGUUCCGCAGGGUCAGUGAGCCCCACGAGCUGCCCCCCGGCGAUAGGUACGGCAGGCCCGCGUACAGGGGCGGGCUGGAUCGCCAGAGCAGCGUGUCAGUGACUGAGGCCCAGUUCCUCAAGAGGAAUGGCAGGUAUGAAGACGAACACCCUUCAUAUCAAGAAGUGAAAGCUCAGGCGGGAAGUUUUCCCGUUAAAAACCUUACCCAGAGGAGGCCAUUGUCUGCGAGAAGCUACAGUACAGAGAGUUACGGGGCCUCCCAAACCAGGCCAGUUUCAGCUAGGCCGACUAUGGCAGCUCUUUUGGAAAAAAUGCCGUCUGACUAUAACUUGGGUAACUAUGGUGACAAGCCGUCAGAUAACAGUGAUGUAAAGACGAGGCCUACUCCUGUGAAGGGAGAGGAGAGCUGUGGUAAAAUGCCGGCAGACUGGAGACAACAGCUGCUUAGACAUAUAGAAGCUAGAAGGUUAGACAGGAAUGCUGCUUACAAACACAACACAGUUAACCUUGGCAUGCUGCCCUAUGGAGGUAUUUCAGCAAUGCAUGCAGGCAGAAGCAUGACUUUAAACUUGCAGACUAAGUCUAAAUUUGACCAUCAAGAACUACCUCUUCAGAAAACCCCGUCCCAGCAAAGCAACAUUUUAGACAAUGGACAAGAAGAUGUAUCUCCUAGUGGCCAGUGGAAUCCUUACCCACUUGGGAGGCGGGAUGUACCUCCGGACACCGUUACUAAAAAGGCAGGCAGCCACAUCCAGACUUUGAUGGGUUCCCAGAGCCUUCAGCACCGCAGCCGGGAGCAGCAGCCAUAUGAGGGGAACAUAAACAAAGUGACCAUCCAGCAGUUCCAGUCACCAUUGCCCAUUCAGAUCCCCUCCUCACAGGCCACACGGGGACCGCAGCCUGGACGGUGCUUAAUUCAAACUAAAGGGCAACGGAGUAUGGAUGGAUACCCAGAGCAGUUUUGUGUGAGAAUAGAAAAGAACCCUGGCCUUGGAUUUAGCAUCAGUGGCGGAAUUAGUGGACAAGGGAAUCCAUUCAAACCUUCUGACAAGGGUAUCUUUGUUACUAGGGUUCAGCCUGAUGGGCCUGCAUCCAACCUACUACAGCCUGGUGAUAAGAUUCUUCAGGCGAAUGGACACAGUUUUGUACAUAUGGAACAUGAAAAAGCUGUAUUACUACUGAAGAGUUUCCAGAACACAGUAGACCUAGUUAUUCAACGUGAGCUUACUGUCUAAAUAUUUUUUAUAAAUAGUGGAGAUCUGUCUAGCCAGACCUAAUGUUCAAGAAGAAAUUUAUACAUAGAAACAAAUUUUGCCAAUUGCUGGACCAAUGGCAAACAUUAGUGCCAAAUGUAUAUCACUGUAUGUUAGCACUGAUCAUCCUUCAAAAUGUUAACUCUAUAAAUACAGUGUCCAUGUGCUUAUGUACGAGUUUUAAUUGUCAGCCUCUGGCUGUGCAUUGGUGCAGUUUUGUUUCUGUUUUUAUUUUUUAAUCAAAAUCAGUUUCUUCUCCAAGUGGAUUUCAUAUAAUUUCAGAGCACGGAAGCACACACAAGCUCUUUAUGAAUUUUGCUCUCCAUCAGAAACACUGCCUCAAAGUUGUAUAUGCCUUUAUAUAGAAAAUACAAGUAUAAAGAAUUGUAAUUCCCAUAAAAUAUUUCUAGCACAGGUAUAUGUUGGCAUAUAUACAAAAAGAAUAUAGAGAAAAACGAUAUUUUCAUAAACAACAUCUCGGAUUGAGAAAGAAAAUAUAUCUUAAAAUAAGACUUUACUAUAUUGAAUCUUUUUCAAUAAAAAUUACAUGAUAAUGCCUUAUGAAAGUAACUGUACAUAUGGUAUAAAGUGUUUAUAUUUGGUUCCAUAUUCAUUUGCUAAAUUCUCAUAACAGAGUGAAAUAUUUCAUAAAUGAUCCACUUACCUCUGGGACCUGAAUAAAAUAGGAUGAACUAAUUUGUUCAAUAACUGUAGCUAAUUAUAAUACACGAAAAGUUAAGAAAUAGACUAAAAGUCAUUGUAGAUAGGACUUUUUCACCACAAACUCAAGCAGUGAAUGAUGGGUGGCCAGAAAGGUAUUGUUUUCUUUCUUUCAAGUUUGUGUUGAUUAUAAACUGUAGCCCCUGGUAUUUCUUUACUUGCCAGUGUGGAAUUUCUUUGUGUGCUGCUUUCUUUAAUUUGCAGUUGAAGAAAUUUAUCCUUAAGGAAGUCUUGUUGGAAAGUUAUGAUGGGCGAUUUGAACACUUCAAUAUUUAAAUAUGAAACUUCAAAUGUAAUGUCUCAGAGCUGUGGUUGCUUUGUAUUAUUAAUUCCAAUGCCAAUUUUUGUGAAGAGAAAUACAUAAAACAUUUCCCCUCCAAAAGUGUCAAGGUAUAUAACAUUCUGAAUAUUCUCACUAGACAAGCAUAUUUAACGUAGACAUUAUUUACUUUCACACUGGAACUAUUUUUUCUAUGAAUGAUCAAAAUUCAUUUUAUAAUCCUUUAAAAAUAUUUCUUUAUAUACUAUUUGUAAUUUGAUUAAAAUAUUAAUUAGAAAUUCCAGAACAACUCUCCAGAAUUGCCUGUAUGCAUUCUCUCUCACAUUCCGACCUAGGUUAUACAUAUAUAUAUAUAUAUAUCAGAUUUACUUCACAUGCUAUGUUUACAAACAUUCUAUUGGGAUUUUACAAUAGAAUCCCGUAUCGGUGACACCAGAGCUCUGAGAAUAAUAUUUGUAAGUUAAUGUUUUAUGGGGACAUUGGAAUAUUGUAUUUUUAUAGGUUCUGUUAAAAUGAGUGUUGCUUUUAGAGGUACAGUGCUAUUUUUUGGCAUCUAAUUUGUCACUUGAAGGCAAAUGAUACUUCAUUUUAUAGAUGAUGCACUAAUUUUUAUGUUGCUUUGCAUCAGGGUGACUGGAUAUCAUGAUUUAAUAGGCUUUGACAGUUAGCUAGCGAUUAAAUGACUGGCCUGUGUAGUAUAUUUCCCAGAAGUAACUGUUCAGUGCAUUUUCAUAUAUUGAAUGUUUCUGGUGAGAAAUGUCUCUCAGAGCCUAAUUCUCCUUAUCAAAAAGUCAUGCCACACUACUGUAUCCAGAUAUUGUAGGCGGAUCAUCAUUAAGCAGGAGCAAGGCCCUCCCCAGCCUUGCCAAUCAUUUAGAGGAAAAACACACUCCAGAAUGUAGCAUGAGGGCACUGAAACACCUCAACUCAUCACAUCUGUGGUUUAAUUUUUCAUAGGAGGGGUAGGGAAGUAGCCAGAGGUAGGAUCCACCACGUCUCUGUCUUCUGUCAGGUUCCACAGCGACCCCAGAGCAUGAGAAGAUACUCCUGAGGCUCUGAUCUAAGGGGAUCGGGACCCUAGGCCACACCCUUGCCACUCCCCUAUGACAGCAGUGUCUCGGGUGAAUGCUUUAAUAUUUCCUGUUCUGCAGUUCAGCCGUGAGGGAAAGAGGAAAAGGAUCCCUUACCAACUGGAAGAGAAACCCAAUAUGCCAAAGCCCCUCACUGUCAGGUGUACUGCUGUUCUGUCACUGAAGAGAAGCCUGCUUUUUUGUUAAGCUUUCCUGAAUUGAAUCAUUGAUCACUUGAGGGGUAAAAACUAAUUUAUUUUAUGGUUGACUCGAAAUCAACAAUUGAUUUUCAGUAUUGAUUAUUGGGGGGUAUUGGUUUGUUUCCUGAAACUAGAACCUCGUUCAUGUUAAUAAUAACAAAAGAAUAAACGGGCAUGCCUUUAUAAAAAGAGAAACAACAACAAAAAUAAAGAAAGGAAUACAUGACGGCUCCAGUAGACUCAGCCUCUUGGCUUCUAUUGGAAUUUUCCUGCUGAAGAAGCUGUUUAUGCGAGAUGGACUGGUCAGAUGAAAUGAAAGGGACUGAAAAAGCUUCUAGGUGGUAAGACCGAACACUGAAAGUUAUUACCAGAAUCACUGCAGAUCUCGUAAGUCAAAUAGGCCCUAGUUGUAAGCAUUCAAAGAACCAUUUACAAGACUUAUAAUAAAUACUUCGUCACGAAAGCUUUCUUGUGAUAAUCUCAGCACUCUAGGCAACAUAAGACGCCUAAAUGCACAGUAAUUUCAAAAUAUGUGUAUUUCUGACAAGGAAUACUAUUUGCAUCUGGCUAAUUUGUGUCCCAGUUACUUAGAAUUUUAAUGAUGUAGAGCUUGGAUGGGCUCUAUUGUUCUCAACUGUACCUUGAAGUACCACCUUCCGGCUGGAAAACUGCUCUGAAGAGGAGGUAAUCAAUCAACAGUAACUUGUCUUUAAUUUUACAUCACUAAUACAACUGCUCAUUUAAAAGGACUGAAAUAUUUUUUACCAUGUGAGGUAGAGGAGCAAGAUAAUAGAUUUCCAUCUUCAAACAUUAAGUGAAAAAUACUUAAAUAUUUAAAUAUUCAGAUGAUUGGCUAAAGGAAACCAGAGGAAGUGUAUUUGAAAUUAUAAAAUCAAUUUAAUAUUGCCACUAAAAUUUAAAGCUUUGGAAAAAUAGCAUACUCACUACUGUGUCCUUCCAUUGGCUUUUAAUGUGGGUACACAGGUCAAGAAUGCCUAUUCCGACGUCUACUCUUAUCCAAACUAUGACAUAACCAGGUGAAAACUCAUAUUGGUAUAGGACAGCCACCUUAAGUCCUUGUUGUAAAUUCAAGCUGAUGGUACAUCUGACUGGUUCCUCAAAAAUCACAAUAGCAAGUUUACUAAAGCACUGUAUUAAGUGAAGUUAAAAAGUAUACAAAUAGUAAAAUCCAGUAAGUUAAGAUGAUGGCUUACUUAUCUAGAAUAAAGAAAAGCAAGGCAAGGUUCUAGUCAAGUUGCUCUCACAGCCAUGCUAAAUUUCUCUGAGCCCAGUGAAAUACUCAGAUACUGUGUUAGCGAUGUGCCCUUCCUACAGUUGUAGCUACCUGAUCAGCUGGGAUUUGGGAAAAAGUUUCCAGAUUCAAAAUCACUUGUACAACUUGUUCUCCUUGGCAGUAUAAUUUCUUUUGAUUAAGAAUGCAUCGUGCUUUUCUCAGAAUAUUUCCCAUCAUCCUCCCCACCCCAGAGUAGACAUGGCAAGAAAAUAGGGCUUGGCUGUGGACCGUGGGCGUGGACCAUGGAGAGCAUGUCGGUUAGCACUGUAGAUACCCCAUUGGCCUUGCUGUCACCCUUUCAGCUCCAUUUUGAUGGAAACCAUUCAGAGAACACAUUCUCCCACACACCCCAAUGCAUGUAACCAAGCUAGAUGACAUGGAGUUUUCCAGUUCCGUCCUGAAACUUGCGAGACCAACCUCUUUUCAUUGUUACUCUGCCUACUCAAAGUCCCUCUGGCUCCCAUGCCUUUCAGAGGCCACGGAUUUCUUUCAGGAGCGGUGGCAUUAACCAAAACUCCAGUGCCACUGACAACAAAAAUGAAACUUACAGGCAAGGCCUGAGGGUGGCAAUGCCUUAAGAGAACUCUUGUUUCCAUUUUUUUUAAUUAUUUUUUUCUCUUUUUUACAUGUUGGAUUUUGCCAUCUUAAGGGACUUUGUUUCUCUGAGCCCGCUAGAAUCAAAUCGUAAAAUUCUUCUCUUCCGAGUGCCACCAAAAUGCGCUGUGACCAGUGCCUCCUGCAGACUGGCAGGGAGCUCAGGCGUCCCAGGCACGAUGUUAGAAGGAGCUGCCCAGAAGUGCAGAGACAGGAGCAGCGGCUCGUCCUCGCACACAGGCUGGCCUGUCUUCCUUCACUCUCGCACGCCUGCACAGAGAAUGUUCUGGGAACUCUCCUGAGAGGACAAAAAAGGCACGGCUUCCCCUUUGGAAAAAUCAGUUCUGAAACGGGGGUGGGGAGCAGAGCCUCAGUUUUGAAGGAACAUAAAGUGAAAAUACAGGAAUACUGCAUCCCCUGGGUUUUAGCUGUGAUUAUUUUGAAUUGCUCUGAGAGCAGUUCUGUGAGAAAUAAGGAGAAAGGGGAAAUGAUUUACUGGUUGCAAUUUUUAAGGCAUUUCUUCAGCUAAUCAGUUUCUCCGGUUGGAUUCUGUGUAGGUCCACCAGCCCAUGCUCUUUGUGACAGCACGUUAAAUGCGAGCAAGGUUUUUUUUUAAAAAAUGACCUGGAUUUAAUGCAGUCCCACAAUAAGUGGGUAUUUCUUCAUGAAUUUCUCCCAAAAUCGACCAUCUAACACACCUUUUGGGGGCCUAAUUGCGUUCAUGGCAGCGCCUCAGAAAGCAGAAAGUUGUGACAUUUGGGCAGCAUUUAAAUAGCAAGAAAAUAGUCCAUUUCUGUGACUUGUUAGGCAGGCAUUGGAAGCAACAUUGGCCUGACUCAGAGAAAAAGCCAUGGGUCAAAUUUUCACAAGUGUAAGUUUUAUACCUAGCAUUGUUUCCUUUUUUAAAAAAAUCUUAUUUUCAUCAUUUAGAUUAGUCUCAUUCUCAAUGGGUAUACGAAUUGGUGCUAAGGAAAAAAGUUAAAUGAAUCCUCCACUAUUUGCCUAGUUUUGAAAGUAUUUUUUGUCAGUGUUGUACAAGUGUAUUGUUUGUGCUAUGGUGUUUCUUUUUUUUUUCUUUCCUUUUUCUAAAUAAAAUGAGGAGUAAGCAGCCUAAAAGAUAGCCAGGUAUCUCUACACCUGGAGUGAAAUAUCUCUACACGGACUUCACUUUCAUCAGCCAAUGCAUGUAUUUUCUCUGCAGGAAAACAAGUAGCAUAGCUGCAGCUCAGAAGCCUAAGGUAUGUUCUUCAUAAAUUGACAACAUUUGGAGACAUUUCAUUGAAAAGUAUUACAAAAAUAUUCAUCGCAGUGAUACGAAUACUCUAAUAAGAUAUUUGUUGGGCAUCAACUGCACACCAGGCACUGCAAGAAAUAAAAUGUAGUCUCCUCGGCACAGACUCUCAAUGGAGGGGAAAGAGAAGUACGAUGCAGUGUGGUGAGUCCCUUUGUCCCUGUGCAAAUGGAGACAGCAUCCUUAGCUUGUCGCGUAUUCGUGGGUUUGAACAUGGUGACCCAUUUGGAGCGGCCAGCUGGGUUCCGUGACCCAUAGGAGGUCACUUAGAUGCUUGGCAGUGUGAAGCAAACACUGGAGAACUGAGACAUGCCAGAGUGAACACCUUGCUGGAUGAGGUCAGUGGAAAGCAGGACCCUUGGGUCGCUGCAAGAGGGGCUGUGGUUUUGUCAGUUUGUGAAUGAAGAAGCGUGUCCCUUAGUCUGGUCCAGCCCUGUUCCUAUAAACCCUGACAGGAAGAGAGAAGGCAACAGUAGUCAGCACUUGAACAGACAAGAGGUUCUUAAUUGAAAAAAAAAAUCCUUCUGUGCUGAGAGGUCACCAAAGGUCCCUCCUGUGAUCCUGCAACUCAGCAGGCUGCCUUUCAUAUUUCUGUGCGAUAAAGAAUAUCUUUCCCCCACACGAUGGUCAGUCGACCCCAUGAAAAUACUGCUUCUGUGAGGUUGGGUCUCAGAUCCACAUGGACAGCUGCUUCCUCUUCCAAGGCAGGUAUCAUCCUCUGAGUCUAGGGUUGUUUUUCUUCCCCCUUCAAGGGCAUCUUCUUCCCUGAGCACCUGCAGCCUCUGCCCACACCCCAAAGUUCCAGAAUCGUAUGCAGGCUUCGGGGUCCAGCUCAGACAGCACUACAACCACAAAACCGUCCCUGGCCCUGGUGGGAAGGAAUCUCUCCUCUGGGUACUGCAGCAUCUUGUACAUGUUGCAGGAUCCUUGCCCUCUGCUGAGAUCGCAGCCACUUUUCGUUUCCUCUCAACUGAGAGAGGAUCCGGCAGUCCUCAGCAGAGCCCUUGAACAGAAGGCUCCGGCUGACACAUCUGCUUCUGCUUGCCCUGUAGCCUUAAUUCCCUGGUGUCAGAAGCAUAGCAGGUUCUCCGUGAAUACUUGUGAAAUGAUUAAACAGAUGACAGGCCGGGCCCAUCAGUGCACUGCUUAAGUAUUGAGAGAAAUAGGGAGUUCACGUGCAACUUGCACAGUUAAGCCGCCAACCUCUUACCUUCUCAUUUCACUCACCAUUGUCAGUGUUGUAAAAAAAGAAAGAAGCAUCUCAACUUGAUUUUCUUCUCCUUGCAAGGAUUUCUUCUAAAAGCUUUUGGACCUUUUGUGCCAUUUUGGUGGUUAUGUUUAACUUCCCUUUUAUGUGUUCUGAAGACCUUAACACUGUCCAAAACUUUUAAGAUGUGGCUUUUCCUCGUUUAAUCAAAGCAUACCAUGUUUAGACUUCUGAUUUAUUUGGGUCUUACCUGUCUGCUGGGAAGAAGUCGUGCGAAUCAUUGUCAGGAAAAUGUCCCAGAAAAUGAAUGUGUGGCAUCGAACGCAGAGCCGUGGUUUCAGUGUCUAGAGAUCAUCAUCCUCCUCCGUCGUUUUGCCAGGGCCCUCGAGGCCCUGUGGUGCCCCGAACAGGAACUAAGGAAAGGGCAGAACAGGGCUGACUCUGGCUUUGGGCUGUUUCUAAAAUUUCUUCCACCUGUCCACUGUGGCUUUGCAACUUGGUAGAUUCCUUGGCCUGCGCUCUUUGUACAGUUUGGAGGUAGGAAGACUAACAGUAUCAAGAAAGAAAUAGAGGUAGGAUAGUUGAGAGCCCUUUCAGUUCUGAGCUGUAACUGCUGCCUUGUGCUGCCCAUAAGAGGAAAAAAGUCUGUCCAUAGCCUUCAGCCACAGUUCAGGGGCACAGUGUAGACAAGCUACAAUCGGGUAGCAUGUGCAAGACCCUGGGUUCGAGCCCCAGCACCAAAAAGAAAAGAAUUAGUUUAAUUGACUAUCCAGCUAGACUACAAAAAUUCAAGGUUACCUCGAUAAAAAUCACAUUCUCCUCCCCAAAUUUUUAGGGAUCAGAAUCUGGCCUGCUGCUCUUGAAGCAGAAAGGAAAUUUUCUGGUUAUGCCGCUGUGGCUUCACUAGGUCCGUCCUUGUAGGGACCAGAAUGCAGAUCCCAGCAGCUUGAUGGAAGAAUGAUGUCUCAGUGGGGUCAGCUCCUAACCACAGUCCCUCUUUUACCUUGGGGAACCAUGAUUUUCUGCAAAAUAAAACAUUUCUGUCUUAACUUUCUCUCAAAAAUACUUGCCACAUUUUGAGUGACUAUUUGCCACCUAUGCUUAGGCUGCAAAUACUCAUUUCUCCCAUCCUGCCCCCCUCUUUUAAGUUGUUUUUGUAAGUAGAACCUACUCGGUCUCCGUUUUGGUUACUUCAGUCUUCUUCUCAUGGAGCUUUUGUCUUAGAAAGCUUUAGAGGUCAUGAGAUGACCUUGAAGGGGUAGGUGGCAGAGGGAUCCCUGGAAGGCCACUUGGACACAAAUGACAAAAGAAGAAUGCCAGUAUGUGAAAAAUGCUGUGGAGAGGUUAAAUACGAAGACAGUGGUAAGAGCCAGGGAUUUAACUCAGUGGUUCUGACACCUGCCUCGCAAGCACAAGGUCCUGAGUUC